AGGAGCCAAAUUCAAAGUAGGGAGGAAGUGAGAGGCCGAGAGAGAGAGAGACAGAGAGAGCACUCUGCUGUGAUACAUACAAGAGGAGACUUAACAAAAAGCAGUAAGAAGAAAGUUUUGUUUAACUUGAUUCAUCAUGGAAGGAGUUGAUUUUGCUUUGCUGAAUACGGUCACUCGGCCAGAAGUGUUCGAAUUCGAAGGCAUUUCUAUGGUUCAUUACUUCACUGACAAUUGGGAGAAAGUUCAGAACUUCCAGGCAAGACCAGAUGACAUCCUUGUUGCUACUUACCCCAAAGCAGGCACUACCUGGGUAUCCUAUAUCUUGGACCUUCUUUAUUUCGGCAAUAUAGCAGACGAGCGUCAGGCCUCCAUGCCCAUCUUCAUGAGGGUGCCAUUUCUUGAGUCAAUCUUUCCUGGUUUACCAUCAGGGGUUGAUCUAGUAGAUAAUUUACCCACCACACCACGUCUCAUCAAAACUCAUCUUCCUGUUCAGUUGGUGCCCAAGUCCUUCUGGGAACAGAACUGCAAGGUUGUCUAUGUAGCUCGCAACGCCAAAGACAAUGCUGUGUCUUAUUUCCACUUUGAGCGCAUGAACAAGGGGCAACCUGAGCCAGGAGACUGGAACAACUUUCUCCAGAACUUCAUGGAAGGAAAGAAGGUGUUUGGACCUUGGUAUGAUCAUGUGUGUGGCUACUGGGAGAAGAAGCAGACCUACUCUAAUCUUCACUACAUGUUCUUCGAGGAUAUGGUGGAGGACACAGGGUGUGAGGUGGAGCGCUUGUGUUCCUUCCUCAGUUUAUCUACACCAUUAGAAGAAAGGGAGAGGAUUACAGAAUGUACUCACUUUGAUAAAAUGAAGGAAAACAAGAUGACCAACUAUUCUACAGUCCCAGUCAUGGAUUUUAAGAUCUCACCAUUUAUGCGCAAAGGUAAAGUCGGUGACUGGAAGAAUCACUUCACCGUGGCUCAGAAUGAACAGUUUGAUGAACACUACAAGCAGAGGAUGAAGAACACGUCUUUACAGUUCCGCACAGAGAUUUAGAGCACCACGUCUGGAUUUUUUUUUACAUUUUUAUUCAGUUUAUUCACUGGCAACCUCAUCCAUGUGUAUUGUAUUAUUCAGCACAUACUGUAUGCACUAUUAUACGUUUUUUUAAUGAAAUAAAU